CCCUUUGGGAGUCGGUCCGUGGGUCCGAGCGCUGUACUCGAGAAGCUGAGUAAAGCUGCCGAUUCGCUGAAAAUUCUCUUCGAAAGCGGCUCUGAGGUUCGUUCUUGGCCUCGAGAAGCACGAAAUGACCCCAUUUGAGACUUGGCGGUAGGGGAGCGUGUCUGAAGGCUGCGCCCCGCGUUGUGCCAGCUAGAGGCGAGGAAAGAAUGUAAACGCGGACACAAUGGCUUUAGUGCCGGCGGGCACCCCCUCAUUUGGAGUUGAGGCAGCCUCCAUCCCAGACUACCGGGGCCCGAACGGAGUGUGGACGCUGCUUCAGAAAGGGAGGCGUGUGAGUGCCGCCGACCUGAGUGAGGCGGAGCCCACCCUCACCCACAUGAGCAUCGCCCGCUUACACGAGCAGAAGCUGGUAAGAGCCCCGCGUGGGGCCGGGGGGCGGGGGGCCAGCGCCCGCACUUACCGUGCCCUCCCUCCUCAGGUCUGCACGGCCUGCACUCCCAACAAGGAGUACGUGCGGGUGUUCGACGUGACGGAGCGCACCGCCCUGCACCGGCACCAGACCGGCCGGGCCUGCCACAAGUGUGGGGCGGCGCUCCGCGACACCAUUGUGCACUUUGGGGAGAGGGGGACCCUGGGGCAGCCUCUCAACUGGGAGGCAGCCACCCAGGCUGCGAGCAAAGCAGACACAAUCCUGUGUUUAGGCUCCAGCUUAAAGGUUCUAAAGAAGUACCCAUGCCUCUGGUGCAUGACUAAGCCCCCCAGCCGGCGGCCCAAGCUCUACAUUGUGAACUUGCAGUGGACCCCAAAGGAUGACUGGGCUGCCCUGAAGCUCCACGGGAAGUGUGAUGAUGUCAUGCAGCUCCUGAUGGACGAGCUGGGCCUGGAGAUCCCCCCCUACAGCAGGUGGCAGGACCCCAUCUUCUCCCUGGCAACCCCCCUGCGGGCUGGUGAAGAAGGCAGCCACAGUCGGAAGUCGCUGCGCAGAAGUCGAGAGGAGCCCUCGCCUGGAGACCAGGGCGCGCCACUCAGCUCAGCCCCCAUCCUAGGUGGCUGGUUUGGCAGGGGCUGCGCCAAAGGCACAAAAAGGAAGAGAGUGACAUAACCUGGUGCUCGAGGGAGAACAGCAGUUGGCACUUUGCAGAUGGCGGGACCUCGGAUCCAGGGGCUGGUGGCACCCAGCACGCCGGGAAUGCCCCGCAGGUCCAGUGAGAAUGCUCUGGGGGUGACAUUGUCACGGUGACACGCUUAGCCAUUUGUCUUGGUGGGGAGCCCCCUUGCACUGCUGUGCUUCCGGCCUGCCUCCCCCACCUGUGGGCCUGGGUGCUGACGAGUGGCCCAUCCAGUCUGUCCUCGAGGUGGCAGCCACGCCGUCCUGUGGGAACAGAACUCGGGGUACAUCACACCUGGCCAGCCAAGAGGAAGCAAUCGCUGCCUUGCCUCCUCCUCCAGGCCAGUCUCAGGGGCCUCAACCCUAUUUCUACUUCCUAUAAAAAUGUUCACUUUAUAGCAAACCCUUUUCUGUGUUGGUAUGCGGCCUCAGCAGACCUUUGUGUUGCUAAUAAACAUCUCUGCGCUGUCUCCCCGCA